UAGCAAUACCUGCCUGAUUCCCUGUGACAGUUCCUGAGACUAUGAGCUCCAUGGCGGCUCUAUCACUGGGGCCUAGGAUAGGGCCUGGCCCAUAGCAGUGGCCCAAUAAAUAUCUGUUGAAUGAAUCCUAAAGAUGAGUUGUUAGAUAUCCCAUUUUUCAAGUGGAACAAACUAAAACUUGGAGAGGUUUGGUAAUUGAGCCAAUUCACAGUGGCUGAGCCAGAUUCAGGACCUAGACCCAGCUGCCCCAGCUUAGAGCUUUCACUCCUCACCCUUCUCCUGCCCACCCUAAGAGGAAAGCACGAUUCUGGUAGGAAAUAGUAGAUGCCAGGGUGGGAGAUGCCCCUGAGUGGGAGAGGCUUGGGUGUGUGCUGUUUGUGGGCUGGCUGGUUGGGAAGAUGGCCUUGCCCCCGGUUAACUGAAGCUGGAUGCCACGGUGCCUGAAGCCCAUCUCUGACUCUGGCAGAACCUAGUUCUCCUUCCUGCCCCAGGCUUUUCCGUGAUUCGUCAGCUAUGAAACCUAAUUAGCACAGUUUAUAAUUCUGUAAUCUUUUAGUCCUUCAUUGAUUGUACCACCCUGGCUCUUUAGCAGAUGCCCUCCCUUCCUGAACAGACUUCUGCUCUGGCUCCAUAAAUAUGCUGAUUUUUAGUCUGUGUGAUCUAAAGGAAUAUGAUUUUAGAAAGCAAUUUCAAGUAAUCAAAAUGAAUGUGGUAGAGAAAUCACAUAUUCUUUAGGAGAGAGUGGUAAAUUGCAAGCAUAUGCUAUUUUAUGACAUAUGAAUCUCAGUGGAUUCCUCUCCUUUGCACUGAUUUGCAUGAAUAAGACAUAUGAUUGGUUUCCUUCGUUGUUUAGAUAACUAACAAGGUUUGCUGCUUUUCCACAUUUAAUUCAGAAGUGGUUUUUAUCUGUCACUAUAUUUAAUCUCCUAGGCAAUGUUGUGUAAUGAUGUCUAAAGAGACCCAUAGCAGCACAAGUUAUAAAUUUACCAACUUUGUAUUUACAUACAGGGUUCUGUAUAAAUAGGCACCACGUUAUUAAACUACAAUUAUGAUGAGAAGAAAUACCAUCUCUCCCUUCUGCCGCAUGGUGCAUUUUGACCAAUUUAAAGAAGCAUUAAUACUUAUCUUGUCUAGAACUCUAUCAAAUGAAGAACACUUUCAAGAACCAGCAUCUGUGGGUGUCAGCUGCCAACAAGUAGCUCGGGUGUCUGGGCCGCUCCUGAAUGCUCACAAGCUGACACAGUGUCUUCUGAUAAAAGACUGCACUCUCGAAGCUCAGCCCAAAUAUGUUAGAGGUGGGAAGCGUUACGGACGAAGGUCCUUACCUGAGUUUCAAGGAUCCGUGGAGGAAUUUGCAGAGGUGACAGUGAUUGAGCCACUCGAUGAAGAAGCAAGGCCUUCACACAUCCCAGCCAGCGACCGCAGUGAGAACUGGAAGACGCAGCACAGCGAGGAGUAUGAAGCAGAAGGCCAGUUAAGAUUUUGGAACCCAGAUGAUUUGAAUGCCUCACAAAGUGGGCCUUCCCCUCCCCAAGACUGGAUAGAAGAGAAAUUGCAGGAGGUUUGUGAAGAUUUGGGGAUCACCCGUGAUGGUCACCUAAACCGAAAGAAGCUGAUCUCCAUCUGUGAGCAGUAUGGUUUGCAGAAUGUCGAUGGAGAGAUGCUUGAAGAAGUCUUCCAUAAUCUUGAUCCUGAUGGUACAAUGAGUGUAGAAGAUUUUUUCUACGGCUUGUUCAAAAAUGGAAAAUCCCUUACCCCAUCAGCAUCUACCCCAUAUAGACAAUUGAAAAGGCACCUCUCCAUGCAGUCUUUCGAUGAGAGUGGACGACGGACCACAACCCCCUCUGCGAUGACAAGUACCAUUGGCUUUCGGGUCUUCUCCUGCCUGGAUGAUGGGAUGGGCUAUGCAUCAGUGGAGAGAAUACUUGACACCUGGCAUGAAGAGGGCAUUGAGAACAGCCAGGAGAUCCUGAAGGCCUUGGAUUUCAGCCUUGAUGGAAAUGUUAAUUUGACAGAACUGACACUGGCUCUUGAAAAUGAACUUUUGGUUACCAAGAACAGCAUUCACCAGGCGGCUCUGGCCAGCUUUAAGGCUGAGAUCCGGCAUUUGCUGGAGCAAGUUGAUCAAGUGGUCAGAGAAAAAGAGAAGCUACGGUCAGAUCUGGAAAAAGCUGAGAAGCUCAAGUCUCUAAUGGCCUCAGAGGUGGACGAUCACCACGCAGCCAUAGAGCGGCGGAAUGAGUACAACCUCAGGAAACUGGAUGAAGAGUACAAGGAACGAAUAGCAGCCUUAAAGAAUGAGCUUCGAAAGGAGAGAGAACAGAUCCUACAACAGGUGGGCAAGCAGCGUUUGGAACUUGAGCAGGAAAUUGAAAAGGCAAAAACAGAAGAGAAUUACACCCGGGACCGCCUUGCCCUCUCUUUAAAGGAAAACAGUCGUCUAGAAAAUGAGCUUCUGGAAAAUGCAGAGAAGUUGGCAGAGUAUGAGAAUCUGACAAACAAACUUCAGCGAAAUUUGGAAAAUGUUUUGGCAGAAAAGUUUGGUGACCUUGAUCCCAGCAGUGCUGAAUUCUUUUUGCAAGAAGAAAGGCUGACACAGAUGAGAAAUGAAUAUGAGCAGCAGUGCAGGCUGUUACAAGACCAAGUAGAUGAACUCCAGUCUGAGCUGGAAGAAUAUCGUGCACAAGGCAAAGUGUUCAGACUUCCCUUGAAGAACUCACCGUCAGAAGAACUUGAUAUUAACAGUGGUUGCGUCGAGCCUGACCAGGGGCUUGGUUCCGAAGAAUGCAAUCCAUUGAAUAUGAGCAUCGAGGCAGAGCUGGUCAUCGAACAGAUGAAAGAACAACAUCACAGGGACUUGUGUUGCCUGAGACUGGAGCUUGAAGAUAAAGUGCAUCAUUAUGAAAAGCAGCUAGAUGAAACCAAGGUUGCCUGUAAAAAGGAGCAGGAGACCAUGAAGCAAAAGUAUGAGAAUGAAGUGCACAUCUUGGAAGAACAAAUAAGUGACCUUAAAAAUGAAAUUGCAGAACUUCAGGGCCAGACAGAGGUACUCAAGGAGGUACAACACACGGCUAUCUGCAGACAUGAGGAGGAGAAAAAACAACUGGAAAUGAAGUGGGAUGAGGAAAAGGCUCACCUGCAGGAGAAGCUGAGGCUGGAGCAUGAGAUGGAGCUAAAGGCUAGGCUGGAGCAGGCAGAGGAAAGCUUUAAUGGAGAGAGGGAAAAACUCAUUCAAAAUGGUGCCUGGACAGAAGAGAAGGUGAGAAGCUUGACUCAGGAACUAGAACAAGUUCACCAGGAGCAGCUGAAAAGCCUGGUGGAGAAGCAUACUCUUGAGAAAGAGGAAUUGCAAAAAGAGCUCUUGGAAAAACACCAAAGGGAACUACAUGAGGGAAGGGAAAAAAUGGAAACUGAGUGUAAUAGAAGAACCUCUCAGAUAGAAGCCCAGUUUCAGGCUGACUGUCAGAAAGUCGUUGAGAGAUGUGAAAAUGCUCUGCGAAGUCUGGAGGGGCACUACCGCCGAGAGCUGAAGGAGGUCCUGGAACAACAGCACGAGGAGAGAUCCCAGUGGGAGUUUGAGAAGGACGAGCUCACCCAGGAGUGUGCAGAAGCCCAGGAGCAGCUUAAAGAGACUCUCCAGAGAGAGAAAGCGACUUCUCUGGUCCUGACCCAGGAGAGAGAGAUGCUGGAGAAAACAUACAAAGAGCAUUUGAAUAGCAUGGUUGUUGAGAGAGAGCAGCUACUCAAAGACCUGGAAGAUCUAAGAAUUGUGUCGGAAAGUCAGCAAAGUCUGCUGUCCAGCCAGAUACUUGAGCUGAAGAGCAGUCAUGAAAGAGAACUGAAGGACCGUGAGCAUGUCCUGUGCCAGGCAGGCGCCUCGGAGCAGCUGGCCAGCCAGAAGCUUGAAAGGCUAGAAAGGGAACGUGACCAGGAGAGGCAGGAAAUGAUGUCCAAGCUUCUGGCCAUGGAGAGUGUCUACAAAGCGACCUGUGAGAAAGCAGAUCGAGAGAGGGCUGAGAUGAGCACCGAAAUCUCCAGGCUUCAGAAUAAAAUUAAGGAAAUGGAGCAGGUGGGAUCUCCUCCCUCCAGGCUUCAGAAUGGCUGCCAGGCAAUGGGAAGGGAGGAGGUGGAAGGAAGUGGAGCCAUGUCCCUGCUCCAGCAAGGAGAGCAGCUUUUGGAAGAGAAUGGAGAUGUCCUCUUAAGCCUGCAAAGAGCUCAUGAACGAGCAGUGAAGGAAAAUGUGAAAAUGGCAACUGAAAUUUCUAGGUUGCAACAGAGGCUGCAAAAAUUAGAGCCAGAGUCAGUAAUGUCUUCUUGUUUAGAUGAGCCAACUACUGGGUUUUUUGGAAAUUCCGUGGAACAAACAGAGCCAUUUUUACUGCCAAACCGAAUGAAACAAGUAGAAGGUGGAACCAUGCAGCACGUCCUAAGUGACCUGCAAGGCGAUGAGGUCCGGGAUCUGGAAAGUACGGGGACAAGCUCUGGUCAGAGACAGGAGGUCAGAAUAGAGGAGUCUGAAGCAUCAAUAGAGAGUUUUUCUGAGCUUGAAAAUAGUGAGGAGACCAGGACUGAAACCUGGGACCUAAAGAAUCAGAUUGGCCAGCUUCAGGAACAACUAAUGAUCUUACGUGCAGACUGUGAUCGAGCAUCUGAAAAGAAACAGGACUUACUUUUUGAUGUUUCUGUGCUAAAAAAGAAAUUAAAGAUGCUUGAAAGAAUCCCUGAGGCUUCUGCCAAGUAUAAAUUGUUAUAUGAAGAUGCUAGUAGAGAAAAUGAGUGUCUUCAGGAAGAGCUGAGAGCGAUGGAGACGCGGUACGAUGAAGCACUGGAAAAUAACAAAGAACUCACUUCAGAAAUGUUCCGAUUACAGGAUGAGCUAAAGAAAGUUGAAGAAGUGACUGAAACAUUCCUUAGCCUGGAAAAGAGUUAUGACGAGGUCAAAAGAGAAAAUGAGGAACUGCAUGUUCUGGUUUUGAGACUUCAAGGCAAGAUCGAGAAGCUGCAAGAGAGAGCAGCACUGCAGUAUGACUGCUUCUCCUUAUGGGAGGCCCAUUUAGAUAACCUGGAAGUCAGACCUGAUGAAAAGGUCCUUGAACUAAAUCAGACACUGGAAGAGUGUGUACCAAAGAUUAUGAAUGUACACCAUAUUACAGAAGAACAUUGUCGAGAAAACCAGUACCUAGAGCAGGAGAAUACACAGCUCUUAGAAAAAGUAAAAGCACAUGAAAUUGCCUGGCUACAUGGAACACUCCAGACACAUCAAGAAAAGCCUGGAGUACAGAACCAAGUAAUACUGGAGGAAAACACUGCUCUCCUCAGCCUUCAGGACAAACAUUUUCAGCGCCAGGCCACAAUCACAGAGUUAGAACGGGAGAAAAAGAAGCUGCAGGAGCUGACUAGAAAGUUGAGGGAAAGAGUCACUGCGUUAGUUAAGCAAAAAGAUGUACCUUCUCAAGGAGAAAAGGAGGAAGAGCUGAAGGCAAUGAUGCAUGACUUGCAAAUCACGUGCAGUGAGAUGCAGCAAAAAGUGGAGCUUCUGAGAUAUGAAUCUGAGAAGCUUCAAGAGGAAAAUUCUAUUUUGAGAAAUGAAAUUACUACUUUAAAUGAAGAAGACAGCAUUUCUAACCUGAAAUUAGGGAAAUUAAAUGGAUCUCAGGAAGAAAUGUGGCAAAAAAUAGAAACCGUAAAACAGGAAAAAGCUGUAGUUCAGAAGAUGGUUGAAAAUUUAAAGAAACAGAUUUCAGAAUUAAAAACCAAAAACCAACAGUUGGAUUUGGAAAAUAUGGAGCUUAGCCAAAAGAAUUCUCAAAAUCAGAAAGAACUGCAAGAAGUUAAUCAACGUCUGGCAGAAAUGCUAAGUCAGAAGGAUAAAGAGCCAGGACACAGUACAUGUGAGGAAUUGGAACAAGAAAAGUCUAAUCUAAAAGAAGAACUGGAACACUGUAAAGUGCAGUCUUCCACUUUAGUGUCUUCUCUGGAGGCAGAACUUUCUGAAGUUAAACUACAAAUUCAUAUUGUGGAACAGGAAAACAUCCUUCUCAAAGAUGAACUGGAGAAAAUGAAACAACUGCACAGAUGUCCCAAUCUCUCUGACUUCCAGCAAAAAAUUUCUAGUAUUCUAAGCCACAAUGAAGAACUGCUGAAAGAAAAGGAAGCUCUAAGUGAAGAAUUAAAUAGCUGUGUUGAUAAGUUGGCAAAAUCAAGUCUUUUAGAGCACAGAAUUGCUACUAUGAAGCAAGAACAGAAGUCUUGGGAACACCAGAGCGAAAGCUUAAAAUCACAGCUAGUGGCUUCACAGGAAAAGGUUCAGAAUUUAGAAGACACCCUGCAGAAUGUAAACCUGCAAAUGUCCCGAGUUAAGUCUGAUCUACGAGUGACUCAGCAGGAAAACGAGGCUUUAAAACAAGAAGUGAUGUCUCUACACAAGCAACUUCAGAAUGCUGGUGACAAGAACUGGGCCCCAGAAAUAGGCACCCAUCCAUCAGGAUUCCAUAACCAACAGCAAAGGCUGUCCUGGGACAAGCUGGAUCACCUGAUGAAUGAGGAACAACAGCUGCUUUGGCAAGAGAAUGAGAGACUCCAAACUGUGGUACAGAACACCAAAGCGGAACUCAUACACUCCCGGGAGAAGGUCCGUCAACUGGAAUCCAACCUUCUUCCUCCUAAGCUCCAAAAACAUCUAAACUCAUCAGGUACUGUGAAGCCCACAGAGCAGGAAAAGUUGAGCUUAAAGAGAGAGUGUGAACAGUUUCAAAAGGAACGAUCUCCUACUAAUAGGAAGGCACACCUUGGAGAUAUUCUGGGUUCAGUUCCAGACCACCACAAUAAAGUUAGUCAGAUGAAUUCCCUUGAACGAGAAUUAGAAACAAUUCAUUUGGAAAAUGAAGGCCUGAAAAAGAAACAAGUAAAACUGGAUGAGCAGCUAAUGGAGAUGCAGCACCUGAGGUCCACUGUGAUGCUUAGCCCAUCCCCUCAUGCUUGGGAUCUGCAGCUGCUCCAGCAGCAAGCCUGUCCAAUGGUUCCCAGGGAGCAAUUUCUGCAGCUUCAAUACCAGCUGCUACAGCCAGAAAGGAUAAACCUGUGCCUGCAGGAGGAACUUGAAAACAGGACUUCUGAAAUCAACACACCACAGGGAAACCAGGAACACCUGGUAACUGUCAUGGAGGAACGAAUGAUGGAAGUUGAACAAAAAUUGAAACUGGUGAAAAGGCUUCUUCAGGAGAAAGUGAAUCAGCUCAAAGAACAACUCUGCAAGAAUACUAAAGCAGAUGAGAUGGUGAAGGAUUUGUAUGUGGAAAAUGCCCAGUUGUUGAAAGCUCUGGAAAUAACUGAACAGCGACAAAAAACAGCAGAGAAGAAAAAUUACCUCCUAGAGGAGAAGAUUGCCAGCCUCAGUAAUAUAGUCAGGAAUCUGACACCAGCACCAUUGACUUCUACACCUCCCUUAAGAAGUUUCAUUUGGGAGCUUAUCUUCUAAGAAAUGGAUAAAGCCACAUUCUUAAAGCAUUUGAACUCUAGGGUAAGCACUGAACAAACUGCUUUGGAGUAAACAGCUACUCCUAGAAGAGAGAGAAGUAAACCAUGUGGGUUUUUCUCUCUCUAAAGUCUUGGAUUUCAUGAACUUAUAUUUGGGGUUGCCUCAAGAACUCAGGGAACAAUACUUUAAGACGUCUUCCUGAAAUACUGUAGGGCCUCUUUAAGAAUUUGAAAUGUAUAAACCAUGUGACCUUAUUUAUUUGUCAUAUAUUUAGAACCAUAGUGGGAUUUUUAUUUCUAAAUUUUUAGUGAAUUUAAUUUUCUGGAAAAAGGCCUUGAUUUUAGAGUUAAAAACCUCUUCUAACAUAUGGAAGAGGUAUUUGCUUGUUUGUUUAAUAUAGGUCAAAAUUUCCAUGCUUCCUAUUCCUCUGCACCUCAAAUCUGGUCAUAAGAAUUUCUUACUGUGAUAAGCAUUUGCAUGCCAUCUGAGGUAAAGGAGUGCCAAAUAGGAUUUUUCCAUUCAGUGUCAAGACUAGAACAUUAUAGAACAGUAAACAUUUUGAAUAACUUUUUUCCCCAGGUAAAAUCUCUGCUUCUAGCCUACUUCAGCCAGGAGUUGGUUGGUAAAGAGCUUACUAUGUGUGGGACACAAACAGAGCUCAUCACAGCCACCUAUUUGUUUUUGUGGAAGAGUAAUUAUUAGAUCAGAAAAAUUCACUUUGAUAUAUUCCAGGAAAGCCAAGCCCAUAAAUUUAUGAGGUAUCACAGCAAAAUCAAACACUGCCUUAUGGGCAGGAACAAAAGAUGAAGCAAACUGCUUAAGAAGCCACGUCAGAAACUCAGUAUCAACAAAAUAAUUUGCAUUUAAGGAACUUUAGAGUUCCUUGGGCCUAACCAUAUACUAUUAGUCCUACCUGCCAACACAGGAGUCCUUGCUACAAGAGCCCUGACAAGGCAAGGUCAUUUGUGGGACUGGGAGUUCACGCUUCAGAAGCAGACUUUUCCACUUUUGAACAGCUCUAUUAUCAGAAAUUCCUGAUUUUCCCCUGGAAAAUAAUUAAUUUUAAUCCCUCCCUAUAAUUAUACUUCAAAACAUUUGAUAUCUGCUGUCACGCCUCCCCUAAUCAUUUUUCUCCAGUGCAAACAUUACUAGUAAACUCAACUACUUGUAUGGCACUGACUUUAACACUUAAAACUGUGGAUAGGCCUAGGUGAAGGUCAUAAAUAAACUAAGCAUCUGUGAUGUAUUUAUGUGAUAUGCUUUAAGUUAUUCAAGGUUUUUGUCAUCAGAACUGAACACCAAGCAUAUUUCUCAAAUAGAUGGCUUACUGUAUGAUCACAUAUGUUGUAUUUUUAUCUUUAUUUUUUACAUUAUGAAAAGUAUAGGUUAAUUUGUUUCUUAUAACUCUGUAUGUGUAUAUAAAGAGUUGUACAAUGAAUGUAAAUACGACUUCUGGAAAAUUCUAGACUACAUUUAGAAUCCCUUUAUCUAAAAUCAAAAUGCUGCUCAAAUGAAAGUUAAUUUAACUAACACCUCGGUGCUUACUUCUUGCUUCACUGCACUCAUGAAAUUGGAAAAAAGAUCAAUACAAGAAAUAUAUAGUUACCUUAAAUUAUAUAUUUGUGCAGCAGAUUAUUUUUAUAGACUAGAGUGGGAAUUUAACUGGCAGUUUAUAAUAUAGCUUACAGCUUUUAAAAGGCCUUUUAAAGAGAUUAAAUGUAAACUAUUAAAUGUUUAGAUUUUGCUUUCAGACUUUAUAAUAGAACUCUUUUUAGUCACCUUAUAUAUCUUAUAGGCAUUUAACUCCUCAUAUAUUAAAAGUACUGGUUGUUAAAUUCUCUUGAUUUUUUAAGAACAGUUAUUUAAAUUAGGCUUAGGAGAUAGGAUCUUCAUUUCAAGGAAAGAGAAUCAAGUUUGCCUUUGUAAUAAUGUUACCCUUAGAAAAGGAAAGUGUGGAUAAUAAAACCUACAUUGUUCUAUUUUGCUUUCUUCUGCUUUUUAGAAGCCUGAGCUAUUAAGUUCAAAUUUGUGAAGGGAGAGAAGUAGAAGAGGAGGGGUAGAACCAAUCACAGUAUUUAUUUUUCUAAAACUUAAUAAACCCAGAUUUUUAAAAACUAUUUUAAAUGUGGAUUCUUCCCAGAAGCUUCAUAUGCAUUGUUUAUAUAUUUAACCUUAAACAUAAGUAGAUCACAGUCAUAGGCUUUCAAGGUUUAUGAGGAGUUCUUACAGGUCUAGUAUUUCGAUAAUGUACCAAUACCCAGGGCAGGUAUUAUGAUGAGGAACUUUUGUUUUUUUAAGAAUGAAUAAGACUUUAUGGUGGACUUUAACGUGUGAAAAUGAAUUUUUUAUUUUUGUGAUUUCUUUUUUUCUGAGUAAAGGAAAAGAGAAAUGUGUUGCUAUUGUCAGCAUCUUAAAGGUAGUCUCACUCAAGGCAAGGCUAAGUGCUUCGUGAUAGUAUUAAGCAAGUCUUGUUUUGAACGGAUUACCUAAUGACUCACUAGAAUGAUAUAAAUUAUACAAGUUAUGCCAAAACUAAGUCAAAACCUAAUAACCAAAGCAUUCCUUAUUUAAAACUUAUUCACUAUAUCAUGUUUGGACCUAUUCAAACAUCUCAGCCCUGUACAACAGUUUUGGUUUUAUGACAUACGGAUAGUGGUUUAAUAAUAAAUCCAAGUUAGCUUUUUGUUUCUCAGCUUUUUUGAAUGAUAUACAUUAAAUCUAUUCUUAUCGGAAGACAUUAUCACAGCAUGAUUGAGGGGAACAUUGGUUUUAUAAAGAAAAACCCAAGUUCAUCGAUAGCCAUCACUAGGAUUCUUUUCAUAUAAAGAUUAAUGCCUAUGUGUUUAUAUCGACUUUGUAUAUUUCAUCUUAGCCAUUCUAUCCUAUAAAGAUUUUACCAUGAGCUUAAAAUGUAAAUAAAUAAUUUUGCGAAUAUGGCUCUUUUUUUCUAUACACCUUGAACUUUUAUAAACAGUUUCAGUAUGUUUAUCAUUGGUUUUUAGAGUGAAAGCAUCAAAACAUUGCACUAAACAUAUUUUAUAAAUGCAGAAUCUCUGGAGCAUUCACUCCAGACCUACUGAAUUAGAGUCUGCAUUAAAAAAAAAAAAUCCCCAAAUUAUUUGUAUGUGAUUUAGAGCACUGGAACUCCAUUUCUGUCACAGAAUUGAUGACUUUCACACCAGCCAGUUUGAGAUCCCUGUACCCUGUGGUGGUACAUAAUUUACUUCUAAAAUCCUGACAAACUCAGGUGAGGCCCUGCUUGGGAUUUUGGGUGCUUCAGAGGUGGCUUUAUUUCAAUUUGCCAUAUUUAUGGGUGACUCAGACUUUUUUAGUUGAGCUACUUGUAAAUGAUGAGAUAUAUGCAACUAUUGGUAUAAAAGUUAACCUAAAAGCACAUUAAGUUAAUGUGCCGAGUACUGAAAUUUAGAAUGGAAAUAUUGGCCAAACUAGACCUAUCUCACAAGGCUUGUUUUAUUUGCAAAGCUUUUAUACCAAUCUCACACUGCCUUUAUGAGGCAAUAACUAUCAUUAACCCCAUUUUACAGAUGAGAAAACUGAAACUUAGCAAAGUUAUGACUUACUCAAGGCCACGCAGCCAGCUAAGUAGGGGACUCAGGACUCAAUAAGCAGGUUUGUCUCUCUGUAUUAAUAUGUUGCAACAGGUAUCCAUUUCUCUUUCCGGCAAACAACAUUU